GUUGAAUGUGGGAAAUGUAAUACCGAAUCGCUGUUGAUUAAUCAAGAAUUAAGUAAUUGAUUAAUUACACGAUUUCUGAUUAAUUUUGAACGAUUCCAUUGAAAGUUGUGUUAAUAAACAACAACAAAAUUUAGUUGGACUUAACGGAAAGAAGUGCACACGAUCUAUUACAACACAAAGCGUGUCACCGAUAAGUUUGUGAUCCUGUAGUACAGUUUGUAAAACAAUGUCAAAAUUCAAGGAAUUGCCGCUCUACACGUCAAGCGUUAUUAUAUGGAAAGUAGUUCCUCCCAUACUUAUCCUUCUUGGAACCAUCGGAAACAUUUUGUCCAUUCUGGUUCUAACACGUAGGUCAAUUCGUGAAUCUACGACGUCAUUGUUUCUUACGGUGCUUGCCUGCUCAGACCUACUCGUUCUAUAUUCUGGCCUACUAAGACAAUGGGUUCUUUAUUUAUUCGAGACGGAUGUAAGACACGUGAGUGAAGUCGGAUGCAAACUUAAUAUCUGGCUUGUUUAUAGCUCUCUAGACUUCUCAGCGUGGAUACUUAUAGCUGUGACGCUUGAAAGAGUUAUAUCAGCCUGGUUGCCGCACCGGGCUCGAACCGUAUGUACUAAAACGAGCGCUAAGAUUUUCUUGGUCGGAAUAGGUAUAUUUAUAUUAACUUUAAAUUCGCACUUACUUUAUGGGGUUGUCUUUAAAGUCGAAACCAAUGCCGACGGAAAAGUGUUCUUUAAAAAGUGUACUGAAAUCAAUACGGAUUAUUAUCUUUUUUUCAAUAAAGUCUGGCCGUGGAUUGACUUAUGCGCGUUCUGUGUUGUUCCUUUCACGGUAAUCGUUAUAGGAAAUGCAUUGAUCUUAAUUCGUGUACUACAGAGCCAGAAGAAAACGCAGUCCACGGAUGCGCCUGCGCUGUCACCGAGAAAACGAGGACAAAAAGGUCGCUAUGGGAAACAAUCUUCUAUGACAGCGAUGUUAUUUACCUUGAAUAUUGUCUUCUUACUAAGCACAACGCCUGUAAGUGUAUAUAACAUAGGGUAUGCAUAUUGGAUGUCCGAAGCCGCUGACGACAAAGUUGCGGAACUUGAUUUAUGGUGGGCUGUCGUAAAUAUGUUAAUGUACACAAAUAACACUUUUAACUUUUUACUUUACUGCUUAAGUGGAACCAAGUUUCGGGUGGAAUUCUUUAGAAUGUUGGCCAAACUAAAGCCACCAGUGGCUAAUAAUGUCCACGAAACACCGCUUAGGAAUUACACGGCUUCACCACGUGAAUCACGUGCUGAUAGGCAAUCCAACGAUGACCAGUCACGAUCUAAUAUCACGGAAAGCAUCAAACCAAAGCGUCACGAGACGGAUGGACAGCAACUUAUGAGCAUUAAUACCGAAGUUUCCAAUCUGCCCCACUAUUCAACCUUAUCACUGCGCCAAGAAAAUGAGAACUGCGCACCAAGAAAUUGUCAAAAAGAUGAUACAAAAAGUAUCGACACACAGGACUUCUCGGAAGUAUAAAGAAAUGUUUGCCUCUGUUUGUGUUUUAGUUAUUUAAUAAUGAAUCUUUCGCAUUCCUUUAUAAUACCGAUUAAACUGCUGGUAUUGCUUGAUGUAUCUGCGUCGAUUCAGUUAUUUCAUAAUAAUUUGUAGGCACGAAUCAAAUUAUUUUAUUCCUGAAAAUAAUAUGUAGACAAACCUUGAACUAAUAUAGCUUUUUGGUAUACUAAUUUAAUAAUAAUUAGCAUAGUAAUUCUCUCAUACAUAAAUUGUCUUAGUUAUGUGUAUGAAAUUUGCGUAAAGUAUUUCAUGUAAAUAUGUUUCAUUAUUGUGUAGCGGUGACGUCAACGUCAGCACGACAAGUGUGUUAACAUUUUUAUAUAACCCAUCAUGCUCUUCAUAAAUGUAUCAGAUCUAGAAAAUAAUAUCGCGAAAAAACGAAUGUCUACCAGUAUAUCUGAUUGUGUUUGUGUGCUCUUAAUCUUUUAUUCUAUACAUGAGAAAUUAGUUUGUUGUCAAUAAUCCAAUAGGAACGCAAAGACUAUAUAAAGCAUAAAAUGCACACGUUAUCUGUAAAGCACCGAAACGAUUAUAAGAACUCUAAUUAUUGUUAUUAUGAAAAGUUUUACAAAAGUGUCUCAUCGAGUAUAAAUACAAAGACCUGCAUAAGAAUCAUGCGUUGCAAUGCGCUUUCCAUCUUCUUCCAUACAAGCACAAUGAACAAUAAUAUGUGCAUGGA